GCUUUUAAGACGACCCCAAAUCUGAGAACAAGGCUGCCUGAUUGUAAUCCCAAAAUCACACUUCGACAUUAUGAGCGGGAUUACAAUGGAAUUGGAAUCCAAGCGAGAACCAAGGCACAUUGCUUGCGCAAGAUGUCGCGAGAGAAAGGUCAAAUGCGACGGAGCCACACUAGGUUGUGGGAGAUGUAAGAACAGCGGUGCAUGUUGCCAGUACGUAAGAAGCAACAAAAGAGGGAGAAACAAGAUGGAAUGGAAGCGACAUACAAGAACAAUCAACUUUCAUGUUGACAAAACCACGAAACCGAAGAAGGGACCAGUACAGGCGCUGGAUCAUCUAUUAACACAUACGACCAACCGCGGCCCGACGAUCAUGACGACACGUGCAGAUGGCUCAUCAUACUACGGAAGUCCAGUAGAGUAUACAUCCGCAGCCGCCGACAAUAAGCUUUUUUCAGCUCAACACGGGAGUCUACCUGCGCGGACAACAAACACGUCCUAUAAUAUGACACCCACCCAUCCCGUGCUAUCGAGUGCCCUCAACCCCCCCUUUAUGGAUAAUUUCUUCGACGUCGAUCCGCUCAACCAGACGCUGUUCGUCACUGUCCCUGACAGUGACAAGUAUUUGUGGCAGUAUUGUGCAGCACCUUUCCUAGAUAUGACUUCGGAGGGAUUCGAUCGAGCAGGCUAUCUUGGGUUCUGA